AUGAUUUUUGUUUGCAGCAGAUGGUCUGACGAAGAUUCACCGGAAGUGGAAGACAGCCUUAAAGGACCUAGCGUGGAAUUGACGACAAGUAAUGAAUACGGCGGUCGGAAAUCCCUUCAAACUAAAUUUGAAGGGGUAGUUGAUUAUGAUUUUAAAAACAAAUUUGAAGCCAUCGAAGAAGAAGAUGAAGAAAAACAAGAAGACGAGGCUGGGAGGCAACUUGAAGAUGAGGCUGAAGACAGACGGAAAGACGAGAGUCAAGAACUUGGAGAUGAUAUAACAGACGAAUUUGAUAAAGAUAUCGAGAAUUCACUAACAAUGGAUUUAGAGGAAGACCUUAGGGGAGAAGAUAACAAUACAGACGCGAAUAAUACAAGAUUUCAAGUUCCUACACCAGGCCUUGCUCGUCCAGGUCGUAAGCGUCAAAUAUUUCCCAUUAACAAACUAAAGGGUGUUGGACUUGCCCUCAUACUGAGGCGUAGAGGAAUGAGCAGUCCUCUACAUCUUUUCCAAGGAACUAAUCACGUUCGCAGCCCCAUUAAACACUAA